AUGUGGCUAAAUCAUUCGGCCGCUGUAGGCGAACGGCGUUUGCUUUUAGGAAUUGCAGACAUUACGCUGCUCGACGUGUCUAGACAGGCUGGAUUGCAAGUAUGGGUUGACGGAACUCUAUUUUCAACGACAUUCUUCGUGGCCAAUUGUACUGCUUGGAGGUCACCGAUGGGUGAAAUCGACUUGCGGACAUCAGCUCCACUUUCUCGGUUCCUGAAAGGACAAUCACAGAUAGAACUCCGAUUCGGUGUUCAAGUCUCGAACAGUAGAACUUGGACUGCCUUUUAUGUGAACGGCGGAUUCGCGUGCAGUUGGCGAGGCGGUUUCCUUUUGUUCAACGAGUCCCGUUUCUGCCGUAAGUCUAUUGAGCUUGCAGUCGGGUGA